AUGGUCUCACCAGAAGAAAUCGCCGGCAAAUGGCUCCUCAGCCUCUGUAGUCGAAAACCUUCUGUAGAAAGGGAUCAACUCCUCACCCAUCUCGAAAAGAUAAAAUUCGACGAAUUCUUCACUCUGCAUGGAAGAUCACCCGUCUUCAAGACGUACCACGUCGAAGCCGUGCGUAGGUGCCUAGCCAAAGAGCUGAGGGUGGACUAUCCGAUGGCGCGUGCGCUGCUGGAGAAAGAUGAAAUGGGAGACUUGUUUGCUGGCGAGAGGGAUUUGCUGCAGGUUGCAAUCAAGAGGGCAAAGAUUGACCCGGGGUACUUGGGUGAAGACCCGAAGAAGUCGAAUCCUGAGCUAUUGGAGAUGCUCAAGUUGCUUAUGAUUCAUGGAGCAGCGGUGAAUUGCUUUGAUGAUGAGGGGUACUCACCGCUUGUUUAUACCUGUAUGCUGGGAUAUCAGGAGCUCGUCUGCUUCUUGGUCGAGGCUGGAGCGGAUAUUUCGACAGUCCAGCCACGCAGGUCCCCAGAGCAACUUGCCAAGAUACGAAAGGCUGCUAAAGAUGGAAAGACUGUGGGAAAUUUGCCCAAGGAACAAGCCAACCUUCUUCAGGUCACCCUUGACGCUUUGAUCUCGCCGCAGGAGAUCGUCGACAUGACGUGGGUUGGUUGGCCUCCGGGUGUGAAUUUUGACAUACCUUUAUGGGAUCUUGAUAUCGAAACUACCUGGGGCGGGAUCAUUAUGUAUCUCCUCGAAGAGGGACUUUCAUGUCCCAAAGAUGAUCCGGGAUUAGUCAUGAUGCUUCACAUCGCCUGUCGCAAGGGAGCGCUGGAUGUUGUAAAGAAGCUGCUGGCGUAUGGUGCUGCUGCUGAUGUCGCUGGCCCGAGAAUGGUAGAUGGUGGGCAAGGCGAAGGGUCGACCUUUGGAGCGGCGAUGCAUGCUGCAGCCGCGGGCUGUAACAUCGACAUCGCGUUGGCUCUCAUAAAACAUGGCGAAAGUGCGAGUUGUCGUCGGCACUGUAUUUUCAACCGCGGAGGCACCAACAAGGAUAUGACGCCCAUCGAAGUCGCGAUAGCAGCGGGCCCUUAUAGGAGCGAUGAAGACCUUGUCGGCUAUCUGGAAGUGUUCAUGGCACGAGCCAGUGAUCUUCCAGAUUCGGAUUACCAAGCUGUACUGAAACAUUGCGCGCGGAACAAUAAGCUUGAUGCAGCCACCGGGCUUCUUGACAGAGGCAUACGACUAGAUGAAGUACCAACUUGGGUUUCAAGUGUUGAUAUGGCAAAGUUGCUAGUUUCUCACAAUAUCCAGCUUGAUCCUGCGGCCUUGCAAGAGAGAGCGCUGAAGAGAGGACGGUUGAAUCUUUUGCGAUGGUCUGUUGGUGAAUACGGUGCGAAACUACCCGAUGAUCCCAAGUCUUGGGGAGAGAUGGUGACUUGGCUUCUUUCAUCUGGAAAUAUGUACCUUGAGCAGACGAGAUAUCUCAUUACCGAGUACCCAGGUCCGCAUAUCGACAUGGUACUUAUUUCAAGACGACGACUUCAUCGUGAGAAUCUCAAAGCAACGAAGACGAGUUGGCUUUAUACCGCUAUCAUCAAACAUAACCUGCCGGUUGUCAAGAUGUUGCUGGAAGCCGGGGCUGAUGCUAAGUGUCCUGGCUUACAUGCCGAUGCACCUACUUUGAUACGGAAAGGGGGUCGAGGGUCGGUCUGCGGUGUUGAGAAGUGGCUGGAGAUAGUUGGAAUGCUGGAGAAGAAGAUUUCUGGUGAUGAGGGGUGGACUAUGCCUUCUUAUUCUGAGGUGAGGAAGCGUGUUGCGCCGGCUGUCGCGGUUGAGAGACGAGCUUGGGAUGAGAAAGUCGAGAGUAUGGUCAAAAGCAGGCAGGAGGUUCCUCACGCAACUCCGCAGGAAGUAAACGACUUUGUGCCAUCUUCUCCUUUGGUGGCAACCUCUUCAGCAGAGCUGUAUCAGCCUCUGAGCAGCAGUAGCUCCUUUCGACUUCUAGAACUACUCCCAUCGAGUAACCGGACAGACCCUCUUGUUGGACGCCUAGUGGACAGCGAUAUCACUUUCCAGCCCGACUACGAAGCUGUGUCCUACGUCUGGGGAGACAUGACACCAGUCAGAUACAUCAACCUCGGCGACCAAGAUAUCUCAAUCACACCAAACCUCCACUCAGCACUUAUCCAUCUUCGCUCCCCCGACACCGUCCGAACACUCUGGGUCGACGCCCUAUGCAUCAAUCAAUCCGUCCACGGCGAACGAAACCAACAAGUCCGCAUCAUGGGCGACAUUUACAAGUCAGCGCGUCAAGUCGUAGUAUGGCUCGGUGACGCAGCGGAUGAUUCCCACCUUGUGUUCCAACAUCUCAACGACGAGACUAUCCCCGACUCAUUCGACAGUGGCUCACCUCCACCGGAAGAUAAACGCCGUGCUUGGGCCGCGCUUGUCAAAAGACCUUGGUUCUUCCGCACAUGGGUGAUCCAAGAAAUCGCCGUUGCGAAAAGAGCGGUCAUGAUGUGCGGAGAGGAGGAGACGCUUUGGAGGAACGUGGAGAUCAGUUAUAAACCUGACUUUUCGGGUGGUGCGAAGGGACUGUCGACUUCGCGAGGCGGUGAAGGUGAUCAUCCGAUCAGGGGAUUCGAUCCGGAUAGUCAUGUUUGGAGUCUGAGGAUGCUUGGAGUUGGAAGUGAUCCGAUGAGUAUUUUGAGGUAUAGUCGUGUUUGUCAGACUACUGAGAUUCGGGAUAAGAUCUAUGGUAUCUUGGGUUUGUUUGAACCCGGGUUCAUACCCGUUGACUAUGAUCAGCCGGUGGAAGAUAUCUUUCGUCAGUUCACGGAGGCUGUGAUCAAACUCACCAAAGAUCUCAGUAUUCUGGAAAAUAUCGGUGUAAAGCGCAGCUAUCCAGACCUGCCAUCGUGGGUCCCUGAUUUCACGGAUGUUUCGAGUAACAGUCUCCCUGGUGGUAAUUGGUACGCACCGUAUCGCGAAGACGCGGAGGAGAACUACGACGUUCGGUGUGCAGAUGGAACACAGCUCAGCUUUCCUAGGGAACUCCUUGGAAGGGAGUAUCUCCCAGGCUUGACGUUCUCGAAACACGGAAGUUUGACGAUCAGGGGGAAAAUGGUAGAUACGAUUCGGGAGGUUGGGCCGGAACUUGAGGAUGGUGUUGGUCAUGCACCGGGGACUGAGGGCUUUGAAAGGGUGAUGAAGGAGUGGGAAAGUCUUGCUGUGAAGCUGAUACCUGAGUGGAAGGCGGAUGAAUCAUCAGUCAGUAAAGCCUUUGCGACGACACUUACAGCAACUCAUGGCUCUGAGCUUUUCAGCACUGGCGUGGGUUUCACACAAUGGUAUCGACACUGCGGCGCCGGUAUUCUCGAAUCAGCAGAUCCAUCAAUGUUUCUUCGCGAUCACGAGUUCUAUCUCUGGUGGUUAAGCGUCGGGAAAGAUUCAGAAGAGAAGGACCCUGACACAAGCUCGGAAGAGAAGUCAAACGAAGAACCUGAAGUUAUUGGGUAUGAUCUCAGAGAGUUUUCUGAAAUUUUUACCUUUGCGAGCUAUGGUCGAUGUCUUUUCACAAGUGAGAAGGGGUCUUUGGGACUGGCGAGUCCGAGAGCGAAAGCGGGAGAUAGGGUUGUUUAUUUUCCUGGUUCGACUGAGCCGUUUCUGUUGAGGAGGAGGGAGGGCGAGGGUUGGAUGUUGGUCGGCGACUGUUAUUUGUAUGGGCUUGAUGUGGAUAUGUUGUUUCAUGAUGCGGAGCAUUUGGUUGAGGAUUUCGAGAUUUACUAA